CUUCAGCCUCCCGCAGAGUCCUCUCGAUUCGCGCGAAACAAGCAACCUGCACGCGCAAAGGCGAGACGAGCAGCGCUGCAAGCAGAGCAAAUCUUGCUGACGCCGAAGCCCUGGGCGUACUCCUGACGCAGCUGUGGAUCUCGGACUUCCUGGCAUCCCCUUGUCGUCGUCGGCCGUUGCAAGCUCCUUUGCCCUGCACCCACCACAAACACACGCACACGCUCGAGCACACCCCCCGUUGUUCUUAUUAUUGCUAUUACCCUCAUCGUCCUUGUUUUGCUCGUGAGUAAUAAUCUGUGCGUGCUAACCUUGGCGAACGCCCGGCCGGCCUGAAGCGUGUGUGCUCCAUCCCGUCCUCGCUACCUGCUGGCCGCUCCACGCUGCUCGCUACCACCACAGCAGCCCCGUUCGCUGCCCACAACCCUCGCUCAGCUUCGUCCACUCCAUUCCUCUCCUCCUCGUUCCUUCCACGUCCCUUCUUUUCCUUUCUGUUCCCUGGCAACACAUCCUCUCCCUCCCGCGCUGCCCUAGACGUUCCAAUCUCCCGUCCUCGGUCGUUGCCGCCCUUUGGAUGGGGUCUCCGGCCUCUUGGUAGCCUUUUCAGCCACUCGCUCCUCCCACUGGACUGACCGCACGACGCGCCGGGCAGGGCAAAGAAAGGGCAAGCAGACAGGUCGAACAAGCUUGCUCCGGCAUCACGCGUCCAUCGCUGUUGAUCUUCCAGAGGCGCGUUCGUGACAGGCAUCUUCGCUCCUUGCAAUGGCGACCAACACAGACACCACAAACACAACUCUUCCCAGCGAGACGGCGACGACGCCGUCUACGCUGACUGACACCUCGACACCCGCCACGCCAACUACCCAUACCACCACGCCCACCACUACGCCCACCACCACGCCAACAACGCCUACUACUACCGAGCCUACGACUACAACCACUCCGGCGACCACCUCGACUUUUACGGCGCCCACGCAAGCGCCCACCACGCAGGUCAUAACCUCGGUGGUCAGCGUUGCGCCUACCGAUGGAAAUACACUCCCCCCGUCCACGGUCAUCGUCACGCAGAUAAGCACCCCGUCGACAACCGGAGCUACCUCUGCUUCGCUCUCAAACAGCUCGACAUCGUCCUCUGCCGGGGCUGUUUCCAAAGGUUCGAACAACGGCGGUGGUCUCUCGCCAGCGGGCACCAUUGCCAUCGCCGUUGUCAUUCCCGUGGUCGUGGUGGCGCUGUUGGUUUUCGGUGCUCUGCUGUGGUGGAGACGACGGAAGCAGCGUAAGGUGGAUGAGGAUGAGCGUCGCAAGGAGAUGGAGGCAUACGGCUUUAAUCCGAACAACGACCCGACGCUUCCUGUCGUCGCCGGCAUGAGCGACUCAGACAAUCAGUCCGGCUAUCGAGGCUGGGGCGCAGGCACCAUGUCCAACCGUAAGCCGUCCACCACUUUGUCCUCCGGUGCUGGAAACCCGGUUGCGUACAGCCCAGGCUCGCCCAACGCAAACACCGAUGCCUCCGGUGAACCACUUGUCGCAGGCGCCGUUGGAGGGGCCGGCGCAGCAGCAGCAGCAGCAGCUGUGGGUGCCGGCCAGCCUGGCCACUCGCGCAACACCACUCUGGAGUCGGACUCGAUGGGCAAUGCGUACGCGGCGGGCGCUAUGCACAGCGGCCAAGGUGUGCAGCGCGGGCCAUCAAACGCGUCUUCGACAUACUCGAUGGGUGGUCAGAGCCACCAUUCCGCUGACGCUCCAAUCCCCGUCAACAGCAACGAUCAGUACUACACCGAUUACUACCAGACCGGCCCAUACGACGACCCGUAUGGCCAAGGCAACCAAGAAGCUAUCAUCAGAGAUAAUCCGGCGAGGAGAAACACGCGCAUCGAACGGGCUCCCAACUUUCCUAAUCAGGGCUCUAGUGGCGUCGCGACAAACUUUUGAUCAACUGCCACGCUUCUUUUGACGUUCAUUCUAUCAGGCCCUUCCGUUUUUUACCCCACGCUUCAUUCUACGUGGGACGUACAUAUAAUGCAUUCGCGAUGGCGUUUUUUUUAUGUUAUCACUGGAAAUGCUGCGGAUUCAUGGGUGCGAUGUGAGACCUAGAUCGAGCAUCACUGUUUCCGAUCCCCUGUCUCGCGGACUCGGACAGCGUUUUCUAGCUCAUGAGUGACCAACGCGCACACAUUGCCUCUCGCACCAUUGACCACAGGGUCCGUAUCGACUUUGACGGCCUCCGAGAAAACGGUUUUUUUUUUCCCCUGUCGACUGGGUUUUCUCUCAACUCGUCUUAAGUCUUAUCUUGUGUAUACAGUUUCCAAAGGUAGCACAAGAUCACAUCUCCAAAGCAACGACUCAUUCCUGUGUCAUGGCUAGAAUCAUCAAAGUGUAUAUGUUGUAAUACUGCUUGUUAUCCUGAUUCGCGAAUCGUAUGGAUACCUCGGAUCUAUUGGCAUCAAAAGGCCGCCCGCCUUGCGUGCGGGCGAAAGAGGUGGGAAAUUUGGACUGUCGCUAAUGCAAGGAAUUCUUGUUUCCCUCUACUUCACAAACAGGUCUACAUGUGCAUGUGCGCGACCCCUACCGUAUUUUCGGUGGUUCCGCACUGUUUUCGGCGGACGGGAGAAGUGAGUUGUUUACGAAAGAAGCGGUAAAGAUUUGGUAUGCGGAGCUACGGCAAAAGUUUUGGGGCGAUGUAGGCGGGAGGGACAUGAAGAAUUAAUUUGACUGACUGCAGGUAGCAGUAGCACUUUCCUGGUCUUGCUGUUUGCGACUGCCACGAUCUGUGUACAUAAAAAAUCUAUUGUGUUUGUAUCGAUGUAAUCAAGAUUUCUUCUGAAGUUGAA